AUGGCAUCUCCAAGGCUUGAAACCUUCUGCUGCUCUAACAGAGACACAUCGACCGACUUCAUCGUCAGCUUCCAGGAUCAUUUUUUUAGUGCGAUUUGCAUUGGCAGUGGCAGCAUCAGCCUCAUUCUUUCCGUCCUGCAGAUUUUGCCAAAGAGGAAGGGCUACAGGCACCUGGGACAGCAUCCGCUCUCCAAGCCUGCAUCCUCACCAAGGAUACUGCUCAUUAUCAGCCUCUGUGAUAUUCUGGGAUGUGCAGGUGUCAUUUUUAGGUCGUCCAUAUGGUUGGGCCUCCCCGAACUUGUGAGCCGAAUCUCUGUCACCCCAGGCUCUGGUGUCUGGCCAGAGGCAUUCUGCGUGGGCAGUGCUAUGUGGAUCCAGCUGUUUUUUAGCGCCUCCUUCUGGUGGACUUUCUGUUACGCGGUGGAUGUUUAUCUAGUGGUGAAAAGAUCCGCUGGAAUUAGCACCAUUGUCUUGUACCACAUGAUUACCUGGGGCCUGGCUGUGAUGCUGUGCGUGGAAGGAGUGGCUAUGCUUUACUAUCCCUCCAUUUAUAACUGUGAGAAUGGUCUUCAGCAUGCCAUUCCUCAUUACGUCACCACAUACGCACCUCUGCUGUUGGUCCUCAUGGUCAAUCCCAUCCUUUUCACCAGGACCGUAUCAGCUGUUACAUCGUUGCUGAAGAGCCGUCAAGGAAUCUAUACUGAAAAUGAAAGGCGCCUAGGAAUGGAGAUCAAAAUACGAUUUUUCAAAAUCAUGUUGGUUUUCAGUGUGUGCUGGCUGCCUAACAUCGUAAAUGAGGGCCUGCUCUUUUACCUGGAGAUGCAGGAUGAUAUUAAAGCUGGGCAUCUGAAGAAUGUGCGGAAUGCUGCCCUGAUCACGUGGUUCAUCAUGGGUAUCCUAAACCCCAUGCAGAGCUUCCUCAAUACUCUGGCCUUCCAUGGAUGGACUGGCUGUGAUGUUGACCUGAGGAUACAGCGGGCUGCAGAGGUCUCCUGGGACUCUACCUCCACCUCCGUACCCGGUGCAGGGGUAUUCAAUGCUAUGGGGGGCUCCACCAUGCACUAUGAGAGCCAUGUGCAGGAGAACAAGAAGAGCAUCAUCAAUGGGCAGCAGCACUCGGAUGCAGUUACUAUACUUUCAGAAGGUUCAGAUUCUAGUACUAUUGAAAUCCACAUUUCCAGUGAGCUGCGAGACUAUGACUGGAGAGAUGCAGAAGGAGAAUCACUGGAUGGUUCCAUAAGGCACUAGCUGGAAAAACAGCAACAUUAAAUCUCCCAGAUGCUAUAACUCCUUAGCAAGAAACUGUGGCUCAUUCUGAGCCACUACCAUCAAACUCUGAGCCACUGCAGCCUUUAAUGUCAUAUCUAAUGAAGCAAGCUCUGCUUUACCCUCACACACCCUCAAAAUAUAAAAUCAGCAACAUUAUAUUACCAAGUAACACAAAACUUUACAAUAUCCAUUUUUAACUUCUAAACUACCUCACCACAGGCAAAAUAGGUUAACUUAUCCAACUCAUCAGUGGAAAGAUACAAAAUCUGAUUUGUCUUUUAACUGAUAUAAAGCUCAUUUUGUGUUUAAUCUUCUCUAAAUGAAACCACCACAUUCAAGUAAUAAAUUUAACGUUUCCCACAAGCACCUAAAAUGAUGGU